AUGUCAUCAGUGGCUGCAAGUAAUCGUGCUAAUGAUAUGUGGACCAAUAGUGUAGACCUGUACUCACAAAGUAUACGUCAAGCAAACCAUAGUCAUAGUUAUCAAUAUCCUACGAUGCAAUAUCAUCAAUAUCAAAACAAUUACUAUCCGCAAACUAGUGAAUAUUCUCAGAUACAAAACACGGAUCAUCUAAAUAAAUCAUCACAUAAUCCUAACAAUAGUGUUGUGAAAUCCGAACCGGUUAAUUGGCACAACUAUCCUUCGGACUAUGGCAAUCACGUGAAUAUAGAAAUGAUUAAUAAAUGGCGAGAAAUGAAUUACUAUGCGCAACAUAAUAAUAGUUAUGGGAUUAAUCAAAGAAAUUCCGGGAAUGCGUGCUAUGAAUCUAAAUGUGAAGAUAUUCGUUCAGUUGAUUCUCCCGGUCAGUGCAGCUUAUCAGAGGCUAGCUACGGAUCACCACGCAGUACUUCAAGCGCAGUAAAAUUAGCUAAUCCCGAGGAAGAAGAUUCACCUAACUUAAGAGCACUCUUAACCCAGAGAGUUGAUAAAAAAAUUCAACCGUUUUAUGGUAAUGAUAAUUCGUGCAACCAAGAAUCGAUGCAAAGAUUUCGCACAACCGAUAUUCGUAAUUGGAAGAGAAAUGAAAUCACAGAUGUGGAUAAAAAUUUAAAUCAAUUUCAUGGUGAAUUUCAAAACAUCGUGGAGGAUCAAACGAAAACUACAGGCAAAAACGCCGUGGGUGUGGCGCCUUUUGCAAAAGAGAGCGCACAGUCAUCUCUAGGUACUAAAGAGACCUGUCAGGAUAUGACAAGGGUCAAUGCAGGCGGGGACAAUGCAGAUUAUAGUGAAAACAAAAUGGCCGCUGCACCAGAUGUACAAGCAUUUUACCCAUGGAUGAAAAGCGCAAGUGGCGAUGACAAGAAAGAGGGAUCAAAGCGUACAAGACAAACAUACACCCGGUUCCAGACGCUAGAACUAGAAAAAGAAUUCCAUUUUAACAAAUAUCUAUCAAGAAGACGUCGGAUAGAGGUUUCUCACGCUCUUGGCCUUACAGAAAGACAAAUAAAAAUUUGGUUCCAGAACCGAAGGAUGAAGGCGAAGAAAGAUGGAAAGUUGUCGACCUCACCGGACCCGUACGGAGUUGAAGACAUGAGCGUAACUAAGCUAGGAAACAUUCCUGAAUACAUGGAAACUAGACAACAAAUGCCUAAUGUAAGCGAGUAUUCAAACUACCAUUUAAACACUAGAACAUCACCGAAUUUAAACCAUUUGACAGGUAAUAUACCUCAACAUUGCUUGAUGCCUCCUUACGGGAGUGUUAUUCAAAAAAUGUGA